CUCUGAAUCAGAUACUCUCAUUGGCUGUGAGGUAUCCACUGGAGCCAAUAGGACUGCCCGUUUCAGAAACACGACUGUCGAUGUCAUCAACAAGAUGGCGGAUGAGAAUUGAUCGAUAAACACACAGAUGGAGUGCAGCAAUGCGUCAGGCAACAGAAAUCCACUCUGUCUCCCAGUGCUGCUGCUGCUGCUGCUGCUGCUGUGAGGUUAUAGUCUCCGUGCUUCUGUGCACAGCACCACGACAGACUGCUCUGUAGUCCGAGACCAUGAGCGAGGCGAAGAAAGGUGAGCUAGCCAUCCGGGAUAAAGCCAUUCUGCACCAGCAGAGGCGUCUGAAGCAGGCCACCCAGUUCACACACAAGGACUCAGCUGACCUCCUGCCCCUGGAUGGGCUGAAGAGACUGGGCACAUCCAAAGACUUGCAACCUCACAGCAUCGUCCAGCGCCGCCUACUGGAGGGAAACAUCACACGGCUGCGAGGGGAGGCCCGAGACCCCAGUACCAGGGUUCGCUCCCCGCUUGCUGACACCAAGGACGGACCGGCCGACGCAGAGGAGAGGAGCGAGAGCACGGCCGAUGACUCCACAGAAGAGAGGGAGUCUCUGGAGGAGAGCGAAAGGAGCCUACGGUCAGACGAUGAGGACGACAGCAGUGAGGCCGGAGCCAGACAGACAGCUGAGAAGACCGAGGACACCGAGAGCUCGCCCCUCCUCACAGCUCUGGUUGUUCAAUGCAAGUGCUGCGAGACUGAAGUCAAGGCAUCCAUCAACACCGGCAACCAACACAACCACAUCUCCACCUCCUGCUGCCAGAGGCUGGGACUGGUGCCCGGUCAGGACAGUUCACCAUGUGGUGUGAGCAGCUCAGUGACGGGUCUGCAGCUGCAGCUGGGGAGACAGAUGGUCCAGUGUUCAGCCUAUGUCAAAGAGGAUGAGGCGUUUGAGCUGUGCCUCGGUCUUCAGACUCUGUUGGAACUUAAAUGCUGCUUGGACCUGAGCAGCCGGGUCCUGAAGCUUCAGGGAUGUGGCGAGGAGUUGCCCUUCCUGAACCCUUCGACCGACAGCCAGUGCCAACACGACACCAACGAGAACCUGUGAGCCCCCGACUCGAUUGGCGCCGAUCUCCUCCUCGAAUCCCGAGCGGUUGCAGCAACGUGGUGCAAUGCCGUUUGUGUCUGGAACCAUCUGAUCUCAGUGUCUCACACUGCCAGAACAUGGACAAGCAUUCACCACUGUGAUUCUUGAGUUUACAUCAUUGUGUUUGUAGAAUUAAGACAUUCACCAUGAUUAUCUCUUACAUUAAAAUAGUCUAGUUUGCAGAGCGGGCUAAGAACCAA